AACCAACGCAAGAAAACGAAAGUAGGCCAAAGCAGGCAGACAUACGCAACAUGUCAGUGAAUAUGGUCUAAAAGGAUGGUUGGAAAAAAAGCAAAUCAGACUGUCAAAAAAGAAAAAAAGAGAUUGACAAAGACAUUCAAACCUUCUGUUCUGAAGAUAGAGCCGAUUGACGGAGCUGAAAAUACACUAAAGAUUGUUUUAACACCAUCAGAAAAUUCUAAAGAUGUGUGUAUUGAAAUUCAUUUUCAUUAUGCCAGUAAUUAUCCAGAGAAUCCUUUAGCAUUUAACAUUUCACAUAAGAUAGGAUUGCCUACAGAUCGUUUGCGAGAGUUGGAACAUGAGCUGCAUGAAAAAGCCAAAUCAUUAUAUGGCCAGGAAAUGUUACAAGUGCUGGUUGAGCAUAUAUUUUCCUUAUUGCAAAAAUGGGAUAUUCCAAAUACACAUUCAAAUCUUACCACUGUUACUGAACAACAUCAAAGGACAUGGAGAAACAGCAGAUCCCAUAGUGAAGGAAACAAAAAUGAAUCUGUUGAUAUCGAAGAAGAACUUGGUGAAUACUUGAUCAAACGUGUAAUGAAAAUUACUGAUGAAGAGACUUGGAAGAACUUCAAGGAAACAUCUAAAUUGCUAAAAAGUUUUACAUUAUGCAAGGAAGUUGGUGAUGGUGGACAAGGAAAAGUUUUUUUGGUAAUUUCUUGAGAUUUAGGAUUUAUUGUGGCUUUUCAGGUCUUUUAUUUUUACUCUUUUUCUUUCUUACAAAAAAAUUAAAGGUAGACUUUUAAAAUUUUUGUCUAUUUCUUGAAGUUUAUUCAUUUUAUGGAUAAGUUCUUUUUGAUUUAUCACACAACAAUGUGUAUCUUUUAAAGUGUUUUUUGAUUUAAGGUUAAUCUGGAACAUAUGGCUGUAUUAAAUAAUAAUAAUAAUGAGGUUUUUAAAUAAACAACCCCCCUGGUUUGUAAAAGUUGCGGAAAGAUUAAAGAGAAUUUGGUAGCCAUAUUGCUCACAAACAGACAGACAGAAUACAGCUGUUAUUAAAGAGACUUGAGCAUUGCUGCAUGGCCCUCUAAAAUUAUAAAAACACAACUAUAUGAAGCUUAAACAUUACCGUCUUUUUAAAAUAACGGAUACCAGCCAUAUGAUGCGUAGUGAUAAUUGUAUUUUCUUUGUGAUUUUAAAAAGGCAGUGUAUAAUGCUUAUAAGGAAGUUGCCUUAUUUUAUUCGGGUAUAAUGAAAACACAGCCACCUAAAACGUAAUUGCUGUGUUUCAUUUGAAAAACAUUGUGUUUGGGAUGUAACAUAUUUUUUUAAAAAAACUAAACCUCUGUUUAGCUGACACAUUUUUGGUGACGCAUUUUAUUUAGAACCGGAGAUAUCCUAAAACGCUGCAAAAUGUUAAACCAAACUAGAAUAAUAUCCAUAGGUGUAUAUAGGGUUCAGGUUAAGUUAUAAAAACAAUAAUUAUUUCCUAUCGACGGGGUUAGCAAAGUCGAUUUCCUGACCUACAACAUGGCAAUGUGUAAUACCCAGGUUAUUUGUGACGUGCCUACAAUAUAGAUACAGUAGUUCACAAAAAAAAUUGUCGCUACACUCCCCCUAGUGUCAUUUAAUACUGGAGAGUAACCUUUGAGGCGAAGCAGUGUAAAUAUUAUAUGCUAAUCUCUAUAUAAACAUUGAUCAUGGUUUUUGGUCUAAAAUUGCCAGAGUAAACAUAUUUUGUGGAGGUUGUAGCUAGAACAAGCUAUGUGAUUGGACGUUCCUAAUCAAAGUAGAAUAAUCUCACUCACUGUGUAGUAUGUAGCUAGCUAGCUGAAAUGGAAUAAUGGCGGCGAAGAGAUCGCACGCGUUUUUUCUAGCUGGUUUGAUUGUUGAUAUUUAUUGUUGUUUUUGUGUAUUCAAACCAAGAUUUGUGAAACCAGAUGGAAUAAGUUUAACACUUUAUGUUCACGACUACUACGACGAGAUUGGAGAAACGUUUACUUUCAGUUCAAUCCAUGUUUAUACACAAAAACCUCGACCAACAGUAAGUUGUACAAGACGCAAAAGUUUGUUUAUAGUUUUACUACUCUUGUGUGGUGACAUAGAAGCAUGUCCUGGACUGGAAAGCCUUGGUGAAUUUUGUGGUGAUUAAGGUCUGAAAUGUGUUCAUCAAAAUAUUUGUGGGUUACUUUCAAACUUUGCCCAUUUGGAAGCGUUAGUACACAAGCAUGAUAUAAAAAUUGACAUUAUAACCUUGUCUAAAACACAUAUUUUGAACAAGGAUUUUAGUGAUGCUCUAGUGAUGCUUUAGUGAUGCUCUUUAUGAACUGUCUGGUUACACUUUGGUUAAAAGAAACAGAACAUCUGGAAAAGGAGGAGGCGUUAUGUCAAAAACAAUAUUAAUUUUAAGCGAAGGCUGGAUUUAGAAAAUUCAACUUUAGAGUCUCUGUGGCUUGAAAUUUUUAUUAAAAAUCGAAAUCAAUUUUAGUAGGGUGUUUCUAUCGCCCUCCAGAGGGUUCAAAGUACUUACCAUCUAAAUAUAACAAAACAUUUGACGAUCAUUUAAAUUGUAUCAAUCAAGAAAAUAAGGAAACUAUACUCAUGGGAGAUUUCAAUGUGGACUAUAAUGUUACAAACGUCAAUAAAGAUUUUAAAUUUACAAUUAAUGUCCAUGGUUUUAAACAACUUAUCAAUAAACCCACGAGAACGUCUGCUACGUCAUCAACAACAAUUAAAUUAUUUUUCACUAAUUGUCCCGACAAUGUUCACUGCACUGACGUAUUCCCUACUUCGCUGAGAGAUCACGAUGAAAUGAAAAUCCGGAAUGGCUAAACGCUUGAAAAUACAUGGCAAGGCUCUACAAGUUGUAGAUCAAGAAAAUCCGAUAAAUUUGGUUGGUGGAAUACAUAGGAUACACAACAUCAAGCAUCCUAUCAAACUCUGAAGUGCCGUAAUUACACUAACUACGUUCUUGAAAAUCUUUUUAAUGGUGUCUCUGAAAUUGACUGGCGCCCUGUAUACGACGCCAGUGAUGUAAAUUCUGCAGUUACGUAUUUUAACUCAAAGCUAAGAGAUGCUUUGAUAAACAUGCCGGUUAGUCAAAAAAAGAGUUCAAUCUUGACCUUGUAAAUGGCUAACUUCAAAAAUAAAAUCUCAAAUGAACAACCGUGACAAACUUCAUCGCAAGGCUCGCAAAUCAAGUAGAACAGAAGAUGCAGAGAAAUAUAAAAAAAUUAAAAAUAAUUGCAACAAUAAUAUGCUAAAAGCAAAGGCUAACCACCAGCAUGAUCUUAUUAACGAAAAUCUGUCAAAUCCAAGAAAGUUUUGGAAUGCAAUAAAAUCAGUAUUCCCAAGCAAACCGAAAAAAGUGUGUCAAAUGUCAAAAGAUAGUGAAAGCAGAAGUAAAGUAAGCAACUUCAGCAACUUUUUAGUACAGCUGUUCACUCCCUUAAAUCCAAGUCAAUUCAAUUUAUGAAUUUUACAUGGAGAUACGUACCACCUUUUCCUUUACGCACAAAUAAAAUCUUCAUGACAGGUUAUAUUUCUAAGAUUUUUGUAGAGAAAGAACUCUGAUCACUCAAACGAAAUAAAGCAACCGGUAUUGACAAGUUACCACCCGGAAUGUUAAAAGACUGCUAUUUUAAUUUCAAAACCUCUGAGUCACAUAAUAAACCUUUCGAUCAACUGUACCAUCGGCCUGGAAAGUUGCGAAGGUUGCAUCUAUAUUUAAAUCUGCAGAUUCUUCUCUUCCCGAAAACUAUCGCCCGAUUUCAAUUUUACCGGUGCUAUCUAACGAACUCAUGAACUAUCUCGAAAAAGAGAAAUUACUGAAUGACUGUAAAUAUGAUUUUUGAAGUAAACGCUCCACGAAACUUGCUUCUAUUUCUACAUUAUUCGUCGCGAAAUUGAUGGCGGUAAGUUAGUUGGAGCAGUUUAUAUAGGUUUAUCGAAAUCCUUUGAUACGAUCGGACACUCAUUAUUAUUAAACAAGCUACGUACGUACGGAAUUAAAGGCAAGGAGCUAGCAUGGUUUAGCGACUACUUAUUUAAUCGAAGACAGUUAGUAGACAUUAACAAUAUUCGAUCUAGCUGCGAGCCAAUUUACUGCGGUGUUCCACAAGGUUCCAUUUUGGGACCACUGCUUUUUAUAAUUUUUUAUGAUGAUUUUGUAGACCAUAUCUCAAAUUCUAAAGUUAUAAUGUACGCAGAUGACACCGUCAUAUACGUUGCUCAUAAAGAUGUUACUAGAAUUGAACAACUUCUCAAUCAAGAUCUUGAGAGACUAUCAGUAUUUCCGUGAAAAUGAGUUAAUUAUAAAUCUAAAAAAAGGGAAAACAGAAGUCAUGUUUUUCGGAAUGUCUAAACGCUUGAAAACACAUGGCAAGGCUCUACAAUUUGUAGAUCAAGAAAAUCCGAUAAAUUUCGUUUAUCAGUAUAAGUAUCUGGGAACAGUAAUCGACAGCAAGUUAAUGCUUAAUGACAAUUUCGAUCGAUCAUAUAAAAGCCUACUGCAAAGAUUACGACCGUACCUUACCGCUGAAGCCGCACACAAUAUUUUCUCGAUGAUGAUUGUACUUUUAAUCAGUUAUAGUAGUGCAUUUAGAAUACCUUUCACAAUUACACAGCUCAACAAAUUAAAAUCUCUUGAGAACCGUGCUAGAUCUUGUCAACCGUAAUAUUUGUGUACUCGUUAAAAAGUGUCUACUAAAUGAACUAACAUCUGAACAUUUUGACAAUUAUUUUGUCAGCCAACAACAUGACAAUAACACACGAAAUAACGGCUGCAUUGUCAGGUAACCUCGGGUCAAACUAGAAAUCGCUCGGCAGAGUUUCUAUUUUGCAGGUGGUAAACUGUAUAAUUCACUGCCACUUGAAAUUCGAAAAAUCGAUAAUAUGUCUCUUUUUAUGAAGGCGCUCAGAGGGUACUUCUCUUAAUAGACGAUACCAGCUUAUUGGGCGAUGUGCACUCUCAGCGGCUAUCUUAGUCACUGUGCCGUUCAGUCUGCUUCAAGUUUAGCUAAGUGGGAUUAAUAUUUUGAACUAUACCUAUGUCUUAAUUAGCUCUCACAUGAAGUCACUUCACACCUUGUCUGCAUACUGUUGCAUUUCUAGUUGAUCAAUAUUUUGUUUGUUUUUAUCGUUUUUACUGUUUUUUACUGCUUUUUUCCAUUUUUAUUUUCAGACAGGACGGACAUUGAUAGCAGUUUUUUUGUAUUUAUGUAUAUAUUUGCAAAUUACUGAAGUCCUCAUCCUGUAUAAAUAUUUUUAAAUAAAUAAAUAAAUAAAUAAAAAUCUAAUCAAAAGAAUCUUUCUAUGCUUGCUAGUAGCUGAGUGUAUGCUACCUAAAGUAGCUAAUUUUAUGCUAGCUAAAUUAGUAGUUUUAUUGUAGCUAAGUAGUUAAUUUUAUGCUAGCUAUGUGGCACUGUUUGCUCUUUUCUGUACUUGGUAAGUCUUUUAGUAGCUACCUUUAUGAUAUCUAAGUUCUAUUAUUAUUUCAGCUGUAAGUCCGUAGUUUUUCGCAAGUUAGGUAGCUUUAGGUGUAAGUGAGAAUGAGAAGGGGUUCAUUACAUGUAAAAAACAGGAUAUUCUAGCUAUACUAACCAUUUCUUUUUUUUUUUAAAAUGCCUUUUCAUCAGUUGCGACCGGAUCGAUAUAGCUUGAUUAACACUCACGUUCUGUAUGAAGCACUAUGUAUCUGAGAUAAGGCCACAUGAUGUUAAUAAAAAAUAACCUAUGAAUUACGUGGCUAAAACUGUAGGAUGACUUGGUCUUAACUGGAAGUCCUCAAUAAGUUAUUUUUUUUUAAAAAAAAACGCACUUCAUCAUCGUUUGGCUUGUUUAAUCAAAAUUUACGGGCAAAUGAUCAGAUUAAACUACUAGGCAGUCCAAAAGGAAUACCAAUGUUAAAAAAUUUAUCCACCCUACUUAUAUUUGAAUAUUAUAAUAAGAAAAGAGGCUUCACUCUGCUCUGCAAUGAGAAAUAAAACGAAAUGAAACGAUAAAACUAAACGGAACAAAAUAUAUUGGUAUAAACAUUAUAUACAUCACACAAGAAGUUCUACGAUAAACAAAUCUUAUGCUUAAUGUAUAUUAUACACAAUUUUAGCUGCAAGAAAAAUGUAACAGUUUUCCUACACAGUGUUAUUUGCAUUUCAACCACUACUACUGAAUUGGGAUUCGUUUUACGUUGUGUAUUGAUCUAUCAGGAACGUUUUUUACCUUAGAAAUGUACUUUUAGUGUUUGUGUCCCAAUUUAGUUGAACUGUCAAGGCUAAAACCUGAAAUUAUGUUUU